CAUGUAAGGCAGGAUUAGGAGAAAUGUGUAAACACGAAGUGGCAACAUUAUUUUAUUGUUAUCGUAAAGGAGAUAACUUGGACAUAUUCUCAUGCACGGAUUUGAAGUGUUCCUGGAGAACGGCAUACACCAAUGCGUUGGAAAAAUAUGAUCUUGCUCCAAUCACUGAUCAUCCGUGUUUUUCUAAAUCAAAAGUAGACAAAUUCUUUCAGAAUUUGAAUAAAAGUUCAUCGAGUAAUACACUUGCUGAUGAUGUAUCAUCAGAAGAUGAUUUAGACUCAAAUUCGAUACUAGCUGAUGAUAACAUUACUGUUAUGAAAGAGUCUAAUCUUUCUAAGAAAUCACAUGAAGGUCCUAAAUAUUUAUUACAAAAUCCAACGCCCGAGCAAUAUGCUCUAAUGUUUAAAAAAAUAAAACAAGGACUUCCAAAAUCGGCUUUUACAAAACACUUAUUAGGCAGGCAUGAACCAAUAGUUGUGCGCAAAAAUAACACUCCAAGUAUUAGUGAUGAAGAGAAAGCAAUUAUAUCUGCAAUUUUCCUUAAUUAAAGAACUGAACUCAUGGAGGAUAUUAAAAAUACUAAAGUAAAUUACGCACAAGAGUGCUGUAAAAUACGAUGAAGGAUUAUCAUGAAGAUUUCGAGGCUAUUUGUGCUAAUACGAAAUUAAAUUAUGCUGAUUGCCAUAAAGCUCGUAGAUUUCGAAUUACAGGUUCGGUUUGCUAUAAGCUUUACAUAUACACUAAAAACAAAAAACCUGAUUGGAAAAAGCAGGCUAAGGAGUUAUUUGAUCCAAUUAGUUUCACGAGUGAAUACACUGAGUAUGACAAAAAAACAGAGGCUGAAGCUCGCUCUCAAUUUAUUGAAAAAGUUAAAAAAACAGUCGUAGAAACAGGCCUCGUAAUUUCAAAACAAAAUCCUUGGCUGGCUUAUUCGCCUAAUGGCAUUAUUUUGACAGAUGGUGUUCCUAGUGCUUUACUUGAAAUUAAGUGUCCUUUCAAAGGAAAAUCUAAAGGUAUUAUUGAAACUGUGCAAUCUGAAGUAAAAAAAAGUCUAAACCAGGAAGGAGAAAAUGUUGUUUUAAAAGAAAAACAUAAAUUUUAUGGGCAAAUUCAACUAGGCAUGGCUGUGCUAA